CCCGCUCUCGCGCUCCCGGUGCCCGCGGGGGCGCGCCCCCGACGCCCUACAUAUACUCAGGUGCGCCGCACCUGUCGGCUCGCACCUGCUGACCGCUGAACAGCCUCUCCGCACGGCAGCCUCGGGCGGACAGCCCAGGGCACUUUGGGGACUUCCAGCAUCCAGGACCGCGCCCAUACGGCCCCUCCACCUUUUGUUUAGAGUCGCCCACCCGGCGCCCCUAGUCUUUUCCAAGGGCGGAAAUGGCCAAUUCGGGCCUGCAGCUGCUGGGCUUUGCCAUGGCUGUGCUGGGCUGGGCUGGCCUGGUGGCCGCCACUGCCAUCCCUCAGUGGCAGAUGAGCUCGUACGCGGGCGACAACAUCAUCACGGCCCAGGCCAUGUACAAGGGGCUGUGGAUGGACUGCGUCACGCAGAGCACGGGCCUGAUGAGCUGCAAAUCGUACGACUCGGUGCUCUCCCUGUCGGCGUCCCUGCAAGCCACCAGAGCCCUAAUGGUGGUAUCCCUGGUGCUGGGCUUCCUGGCCAUGUUCGUGGCCACGAUGGGCAUGAAGUGUACAAACUGUGGGGGAGACGACAAAGUGAAGAAGGCCCGUAUAGCUAUGGCCGGAGGCAUCAUUUUCGUCGUGGCAGGUCUUGCUGCCUUGAUAGCUUGCUCCUGGUAUGGCCACCAGAUUGUCACAGACUUUUACAAUUCGCUGGUCCCCAUGAAUGCUAAGUAUGAGUUUGGUCCCGCCAUCUUCAUUGGCUGGGCAGCGUCCGCUCUGGUCCUCCUGGGAGGUGCCCUGCUGUCUUUCUGCUGUCCUGGAAGUGAGAGCAAAGCUGCGUACCGUGCACCCCGCUCCUACCCUAAGCCUAACUCUGCCAAGGAGUAUGUGUGAGCUGGGACCCCUCUGCCCCAGCCUGGCAGCCCAUGGGUGUGCCCAGACACCUGAGAGGACCUGAGGCAGAGAACCCAGCCCCUGGGCAGGGUGCGUAGCAGAAGCCUCUGGUCACUCCAGCCCUGCACACCGUGUACAGUUCCCUGGGGGGGGGGUGGAUGGGGGAGACGAAAAGAGGGGAGGUUGUGCUUUUUGUACAGUAAUAAACAGUAUGUUUUGGAAA